GGUACAGCAGUAAUAAAAUAAAACAAUUAAUACUAUCGUAUGUAAACGUUUUAACGACUUCUUGUCUUUUUCUGAUUGUACCAUUAUUCAAACUUCAAUCAAUUGAUAAGAAUUAUCCUAAUUUUGUAAAUAAUAUUGAUUGCAUCGCCAAUGCAUCGUUUGUAAAAUCCGCGUCAGGCUGACACAUGCGCUCAACAGACCGCUUCGAGCGCCAUCGUGCUACCGGGUGUUUGACAGUCACGACCGUCGCGGCGUGUAUGUUCAUGUGUGCAGCAGUAUCGCUGGUCUAGGAACAUUCGGGCCGGCGCGGCUGGCAGGCCCCUCAUAACAGUGUCCACUUUCUAACAUGGCAGAUCAAUUUGUGUUCUAUUAUCAUGUGACGGCGAAACGCUCCCGUUGAUAGGACCGUAACCUCGUGCGAAGCGAUCGUAGACUCCGGUUAGCUCGCGAGUGCGAACACGCGACGCGACGCGGUCGCGUUAAACGCCGUCGCGAUGGCGGACCUCAAGAGCCCGCCGUUCAGUGACAUCAAGCGGCCCGAGGUGGUGGCGAUGGCGAUGAACGACAGCCUCAAGUUCGCCGUGCUGAUCGGCCUGAUCGAGGUGGGACAGGUGUCCAAUCGGGAAGUCGUCAACACCGUGCUGCACCUGAUCAACGUAAACUACAACUCCGCUGUUGCACACCGUGUGCCGCUCGUAGGCGGUGAAUUUGACAUGGAGCUGAAUUUCGUGAUACAGGACGCGCAAAACAUCAGGCACAUGCUGGAGCUGCUCGAUCAUUGCCCACCCAAUCUCCAGGCCGAAAUAUGGAGUGUCUUUAUCGCGAUCCUGAGAAAAAGCGUCAGAAACUUACAAGCAUGUACAGAUGUGAGUCUCAUAGAACACGUUCUACAUCGAUUAUCUCGUGCGGAAACUGUUGUCGCCGAUAUCAAAAAUUCUACAAUCACAGAUAACAAAGAUUCUACAAUCACAGAUAUUAAAGAUUUAUUAAUCGAUAUGCUGGGAGUGCUAGCAAGCUACAGCAUAACAGUGAAAGAAUUAAAACUUUUAUUCGGCGCUAUGAAAGCCGUUCAAGGAAAAUGGCCACGGCAUUCGGCGAAACUGUUAAAUGUUCUCCGCCAAAUGCCACAGCGGAAUGGGCCCGAUGUAUUUUUCAGUUUCCCCGGUAGAAAGGGGUCGGCGAUUGUCUUGCCGCCACUCGCAAAAUGGCCGCACGAGAAUGGGUUUACAUUCACUACAUGGUUCCGUCUAGAUCCCAUCAACUCUGUUAAUAUCGAACGCGAAAAACCGUACCUCUACUGCUUUAAAACAAGCAAAGGAGUAGGAUACUCUGCGCAUUUCGUAGGGAACUGCUUAGUCCUGACUUCUAUGAAAAUAAAGGGCAAGGGCUUCCAACAUUGUGUCAAAUACGAAUUUCAACCACGAAAGUGGUAUAUGAUCGCGGUAGUGUAUAUAUACAAUAGGUGGACGAAAAGUGAAAUUAAAUGUCUGGUCAAUGGUCAGUUGGCGUCGAGUACAGAAAUGACAUGGCAUGUUUCGACGAAUGACCCUUUUGACAAAUGCUACAUUGGAGCAACUCCCGAAUUGGACGAGGAGCGCGUGUUUUGCGGACAGAUGAGCGCGAUAUACUUAUUCAGCGAAGCGCUGACGACGCAUCAGAUAUGCGCGAUGCACAGACUGGGACCGGGAUAUAAGAGCCAGUUUCGUUUCGACAACGAGUGUUACCUGAAUUUGCCCGACAAUCAUAAAAGGGUGAGUGAGCAGGAUCUCUCUACGAGCAUGAUGGACCAAAGUAUGCAAAUUGUACUUUACGAUGGAAAACUGUCGAAUGCAAUUGUGUUCAUGUACAAUCCAGUAGCAACAGACUCGCAGCUUUGUCUACAGAGUGCACCGAAAGGCAACGUCUCCUAUUUUGUACAUACACCACACGCCCUUAUGCUGCAGGAUGUCAAGGCAGUCAUAACACACUCCAUUCACAGCACAUUAAACUCGAUAGGUGGUAUACAAGUACUAUUUCCAUUAUUCUCACAGCUGGAUAUGCCUUAUGACUGCAUAGCACCAAACGACGUUAAGCGCGAUCCCACGUUAUGUUCGAAAUUGCUCGGGUUUAUUUGCGACUUGGUAGAGAGUUCUCAAACGGUUCAGCAACACAUGGUACAAAACAGGGGGUUUCUGGUAAUAAGUUUUAUGCUACAGAAAGCAAGUCGAGAUCAUCUUACGACAGAAGUUCUCGCAUCUUUCUUAGAACUCACAAAACAUUUGGUGACAUGUCUCAGCGCAAACAGCGACUUAUUAUUGAAACAGUUGUUUUAUUUUUCAUUCCUAACAUGGCAGCUACUGGAUCAUGUCCUUUUUAAUCCCGCUCUGUGGAUAUAUACGCCCGCGCCAGUACAGACGCGGCUUUAUUCGUACUUGGCCACAGAGUUUCUUAGCGAUACGCAGAUAUAUUCCAAUGUGAGACGUGUAUCGACAGUUUUGCAAACAGUACACACACUCAAGUACUAUUAUUGGGUGGCUAAUCCUCGAGGCAAAAGCGGAAUAACACCAAAGGGACUUGAUGGACCGCGUCCGCAACAGAAAGACAUUUUAACAAUUCGUUCUUACAUUUUAUUAUUUUUAAAACAAUUGAUAAUGAUCGGUAACGGCGUGAAAGACGAUGAAUUACAAAGCAUUCUGAAUUACCUAACGACGAUGCACGAGGAUGAAAAUUUGCACGAUGUUUUACAAAUGCUCAUAUCCUUGAUGUCGGAACAUCCGUCAUCGAUGGUACCAGCAUUUGAUGCGAAACAAGGCGUACGAACAAUUUUCAAACUCUUGGCAGCUGAAAGCCAACUAAUACGUUUACAAGCGUUAAAGCUGCUAGGAUUCUUCCUUAGCCGCAGCACACACAAACGGAAAUACGACGUCAUGAGCCCGCAUAAUCUGUAUACGUUAUUAGCCGAAAGACUCUUAUUAAACGAAGAAACACUCUCAUUGCCGACAUACAAUGUUUUAUACGAGAUUAUGACCGAGCACAUCAGUCAGCAAAUAUUGUAUGCUAGACAUCCCGAACCUGAAUCCCAUUAUCGUUUGGAAAAUCCGAUGAUCCUGAAAGUAGUCGCGACAUUAAUUCGACAAUCAAAGCAAACGGAGCAACUUUUGGAGGUGAAGAAAUUAUUCCUUUCGGACAUGACGCUGCUUUGCAAUAAUAAUCGAGAAAACCGACGAACGGUCCUGCAAAUGUCCGUGUGGCAGGAGUGGCUUAUCGCCAUGGCUUAUAUCCACCCGAAGAAUACGGAGGAACAGAAGAUAUCCGACAUGGUGUAUUCCUUAUUUCGCAUGCUUCUCCAUCACGCUAUCAAACACGAGUACGGCGGCUGGCGUGUGUGGGUUGACACACUAGCUAUCGUGCACUCUAAAGUGUCCUACGAAGAAUUCAAGCUUCAAUUUGCCCAAAUGUACGAGCAUUACGAGCGACAGAGAUCCGACAAUAUUACGGAUCCUGAGCUAAGACAGCAAAGGCCGAUCAGCACGAUUUCCGGAUGGGAUCAACAGCAUUCCGGAAGCAACGGUUACAGCAGACCAGCACCGUGGGGCAACCAGCAAAAUCACGAGAUACAACACAUGGAAAGGAAUUACAAGGAAUUCGACGCAUCCGAGGCAAACGAUCGAUUGGAAGAAUCUUGUAGCUGCGAUCUUAACUCAAUAGACAAUACCGAGAGCGACGGUAGUCCAGCCAUUGUAAAAUCGCGCAGCGAGACAUUGGACACUCUGCAAUCGUGUGAAGUAGUCUCGUUGGACUCCAGAUUAAGCGACAAACCGGAAACACCGACUACCGCGCGUGAGACUCACACGGAGACACCGACCAUUCUUGAAGAAGCGAAUAGCGAAGCUGUCUCGCUGCCAACCACGCAGGAGACCAGCGAAGUGAUAUCGAUUGAAAGCUCAAGCGACUUCUACAGCGAAGUGCACAAAAUUGAGAGCUCCAGUCCCGAUUCGAUGAUAAUACAGGACACGCUAAAGAAGGAAGAAGACACCGAAAAACAGUCAGUUUCCGAAAAACAACCAGCUGUUGAAAGCGAAUCCCCUUCGACCGAACCGAUUAAAGAAAGUACGGAAUUAGCAGCUGUUGAAUCGAAUGACGCGAAGGAAACUGCGAAAGAAACUCCGCAGGAAACUCCGCAGGAAACUCCGAAGGAAACUCCGAAGGAAACUGAGAAGGAAACUACGAAGGAAACUGCGAAGGAAACUGCGAAGGAAACUGCGAAGGAUACUGAGAAGGAUAUUGAGAAGGAAACUGUGAAAGAUACUGAUAAUUCUGACACAAACGAAAUUGCAAAAGAUACCGAUAUCUCUGACGCGAAAGAAACUGAAAAAGAUACCAAUAUUCCCGAUGCAACUUCUACAACUUCUACAACGUUGGAGAAAGCUGAAAAUCCAGUGGUUGCAGACGAGGAAGCAAAAGAUAAAUCUGUCGAAGAGAGCAAUACAGCGACCGACGACAGUAACACGCCGACCAACACCGAAGAUUCCGACAAGACCACAACGACAGUCGAAAAUGCAAUUGACUCUGUUAUUUCAAAGGAUGACGCCGAUACCGAAGAAGACACCGUGCCAAUUGUCCCCUCCGACGAAACGCGGGAAGCGUUAACAGUUAAAGUUAUCGAGAAACUUCAGUUGGAGAACGACCGCGAGAUAGUUGACAGUGAUACAUCAGAAGCGUACUUAACGCCAACCGAGAAUCAAGAAAGCUCGGGCGAGGUAAGAAGCAGAGCGUCCGAGGGUGAGAAAAUCGACGACGACACCGUCACCGAGAAGACUUCCGAAGAGAAAGACAUUAUCGUUGAGACUGCUGAGAACGACGCAGAGGAAACUGUAAAAAAUCCCAAUUGCUCAACUAGCGUAGUAGAAAGCGACGAGGCUUGCACGGAGAAGACGGUAGAUCUAGAAAAAGAGAAGGCGGAACCAGCCGCAGUAGUGAAUAGUGCGUUAAGUAACGACGAACGCGCUGCGGAUACUUUAACGGAGGACAAAAGUGCUGUUAUUAAUGAUAACGAAGACGCGAAGGUAAAUGAGAAACACUCAAGGGAGCCGUCCACUAUUUCUACUAGCGUAAGUGAUAAUAAGUCAGACGUUCCGGCGACGACUGACGAGGUAGAAGUAACAGAUAGUGUUUGUAGUAAUAGCGAUGUUCAAAGUUCUGUAGAUAACGUGACGCAAGUGCCAAAUCCUAAGCAGCAAAUCCCAACAAUAUCUACGGUCUGUGAUGCAACUAAAAGUUUAUCCGACGGUGUGCCUCAAAUCGUUAGUUCUAAUGUGGUUGCCAGGGACAAUGCGUUAUUGAAUGACUUAACUCCAGAUCACGUAGACACCCACCGCAGAUCCAGCCUGCCGAUCGUGUCCUCGGAGACGGUCGCGGACGAGAACGGUCACGAGCCACCCUCCUUGCCUGUACCCCUACGAAAAACAUCGUCACCCCAAAAGCGACCAAGGAGUGCCUCAACGUCCACGCAGGUGGAUCCUAAUCAUUUUGAAGCCAAAAGAUCGAAGCAAGGAAAUCCUUCCACGCGACCGAUGUUCAGUCCAGGCCCGACGCGACCUCCGUUCAGAAUACCGGAGUUUAAAUGGUCUUACAUACAUCAACGUUUGCUGUCUGACGUUUUGUUCUCUUUGGAAACGGAUAUUCAAGUAUGGAGAAGUCACUCUACGAAGUCUGUGUUGGAUUUCGUAAACAGCAGCGAAAAUGCCAUUUUCGUGGUGAACACUGUCCAUCUAAUUUCGCAAUUAGCCGACAAUCUCAUAAUAGCUUGCGGCGGUUUGUUGCCCUUAUUAGCAUCGGCCACCUCGCCAAAUAGCGAAUUGGACGUAAUCGAGCCAACUCAGGGGAUGCCAAUCGAGGUGGCGGUUUCUUUUUUGCAAAGACUAGUCAACAUGGCUGAUGUACUUAUAUUCGCUAGCUCGUUAAACUUCGGAGAACUGGAGGCUGAGAAGAAUAUGUCGAGCGGCGGCAUAUUGCGACAAUGCUUACGACUGGUCUGUACAUGUGCCGUUAGAAACUGCUUAGAGUGUAAAGAACGUGGCAGAUCGUACAGCAUGUUAGGUCGGCAGAUUGGUACUAGUAAUAAAUCACAGCAUAUACAGUCGCUAAUACGCGGGGCUCAAACAUCGCCUAAGAACAUCGUGGAUAAUCUUACGCAUCAGUUAAGCCCUGUAAAGGAUCCCGAGAAAUUGUUGCAGGAUAUGGACGUAAAUCGUUUGAGAGCUGUAAUAUACAGAGAUGUUGAAGAAACCAAGCAGGCACAGUUUCUGUCUCUAGCUAUAGUUUACUUCAUCUCUGUAUUAAUGGUUUCUAAAUAUCGUGACAUAUUGGAACCACCAAUAUCACAGCGCCCACCGAGUCCAGUCCAAACAAUACAGACAAACGGUGCUGGUCUCAGGCCAGGUAGCCCUUCAGAUGGGAAUGGUGGUGGAGGAGGGCGGCCCUUAUUUCCACAGUGGUCUCACCACGUGUACCCACAGUUCCUCCCGGGAUCUCACCCUAACGCCAAUGCGAAUGUCAAUGCCAAUGCCAACCAUCACAUCAACCAGCACCAUCACCAGCACCCGCUACCGGCUGCCAGGCACUCUAAUCGCCAGCCACCCUCUAACUAUUAUCUCCCGAAUCACCACAACAAUCAUUAUAACCAUCACCCGAAUAACCAUAACUAUCAUCGUCAUCAUCACUAUCAUCACCACAAUAACAACAACCACCACCAUACGCUUCAAAAGCAUAUCGAUCAGCCCCGAAAUCUCUGUCAUAGAAACUCCGGUGUCGGUCUGCAAGGUAGCGGAGGUAUAAUGAGUCAAUCGGGUUCUCAAGACGACGGCGAAUACGAAGUCAUCAUUGUCGACGAGAACAAUUCUUCAAUUUUGGCGGACCAUGACGUCACAUCAUCAGGCCCGCCAUCUACCAAGGGAGGUCACAGUGGUGUACCUCGGCCGCGGACUAUUCUCGAGGAUUACACCUCAUCAGAACCAACGCUUGGCACUUCUACAAGGUCCGAACCACUGCCACGAAAUCUGCAGAGCAACGACUCCAGCGAGGAAACAGUACACCGCAGCAAUAUCACCGCGGACCCGAGUCCUUCUGAAAUUACCACCGACAACGAAAAUAAGCAUAAUUCGUCCGAAGAAGCCUGGACAGACGUAAACCUCAAUGAAGAUGGUGACACGAUGCCAAUUACGAAUCCGAGAGAGGAUCCGCGAAAUAUUCACAAUAUUGCUCACUCUCGUGGCGACAUGCAAGACAGCGAAGGCAAUGUUCUGGAACAAGAAAUGCUCGGCAACGCGGAACGGGGGGAAAAGCCGUCGGCGGAAAUUUCGGUGGUGCGAGUUCCCGAUCGGCUAGUGGUAACCGCAGCAUCCCCGCGGGCGGACGAAUUACCGAUUAAAGGUCUAGUUGACCAUUUACCUGUUCCGACACCUUCCCGCGAGGCCUCACUCACGCAAAAAUUGGAAAUGGCCCUCGGUUCGGUUUGUCCACUCCUUCGGGAAAUCAUGGUGGAUUUUGCCCCCUUCCUGUCCAAAACACUCGUUGGCUCCCAUGGUCAAGAAUUGUUAAUGGAAGGAAAAGGUACGAGUUGCAAGGGUUUGACCACAUUUAAGAACAGCAACUCCGUCGUAGAGUUGGUUAUGCUUCUCUGCUCUCAGGAAUGGCAAAACUCUUUGCAAAAGCACGCCGGACUUGCUUUCAUCGAGCUCAUUAACGAGGGAAGGUUGCUAUCUCACGCGAUGAAGGAUCACAUAGUAAGAGUCGCAAAUGAGGCAGAGUUCAUUUUAAACAGGAUGAGAGCGGAUGACGUGCUGAAGCAUGCUGACUUUGAGUCUCAAUGCGCGCAAACAUUACUGGACCGUCGAGAAGAAGAACGCAUGUGCGAUCAUCUAAUCACCGCAGCGCGAAGACGCGACAACGUGAUUGCCAGCAGACUGCUGGAGAAAGUCCGAAAUAUCCUGUCGAAUAAACAUGGUGCAUGGGGAUACAUGGAUCCAAUGGCUGCAAAAUUGGCCGAAUACUGGAAGCUGGAUGCUUGGGAGGAUGAUGCACGUAGACGUAAGCGUUUCGUGCACAAUCCACUAGGCUCGAGCCACCCCGAGGCUACUCUCAAGGCGGCUCUAGAACAUGGUGCACCCGAGGAUGCGAUACUUCAAGCGCGUGAAGAGUUCCACGCGCACCUCGCAGCCUCGCGUGCACACCAACAGCAAUUGCAGUCGGCGGAUCUUAUGGAUGACAGUGAAUUGCUGUCGGACGACAGGGAUCUCGACAACGACCUGACAGGUCCGGUGAACAUUAGCACGAAAGGCAGAUUAAUCGCACCCGGUAUCGUGGCACCCGGCAUCAUUUCCGUUACAUCUACGGAGCUGUAUUUCGAGGUGGACGAGGAUGAUCCGGAGUUCAAGAAGAUCGACAGUGAGGUGCUGAAAUACUGCGACCAUUUGCACGGGAAAUGGUACUUUUCCGAAGUCCGCGCGAUCUUCUCGCGACGUUACCUGCUGCAGAAUGUGGCCAUCGAGAUCUUUCUCGCCAGCAGAACCUCGAUCCUGUUCGCGUUCUCCGACCAGGCGACCGUGAAAAAGAUGAUCAAGGCGCUACCGCGGGUCGGCGUUGGCAUCAAAUAUGGGAUACCGCAGACUAGACGAGCAUCGUUAAUGUCACCGCGACAACUGAUGCGAAGCUCUAAUAUGACUCAAAAGUGGCAGCGUCGGGAAAUAUCGAACUUCGAGUACUUAAUGUUCCUGAACACGAUCGCUGGUCGCACGUACAAUGACUUGAAUCAAUAUCCCGUGUUUCCCUGGGUGUUAACGAACUAUGAAACGAAGGAACUCGAUCUCAGUUUGCCGAGCAAUUACCGAGAUUUGUCGAAGCCAAUUGGCGCAUUGAAUCCGAACAGAAGAGCUUACUUCGAGGAGCGCUUCCAAAGCUGGGAGCAUGACACUAUACCACCUUUCCAUUACGGCACGCAUUAUUCCACGGCGGCUUUUGUCCUAAAUUGGAUGAUACGCGUGGAACCGAUGACGACGAUGUUCCUGGCGUUGCAAGGCGGCAAAUUCGAUCACCCUAACAGGCUAUUCUCAUCUAUUGCGCUUUCGUGGAAGAACUGCCAGCGUGAUACGUCCGACGUUAAGGAAUUAAUUCCGGAGUUUUUCUUCCUACCGGAAAUGCUGGUGAAUAGCAAUUGCUAUCGUUUGGGCAGGCAGGAAGAUGGUAGCGCGGUCGGCGACGUUGAAUUACCACCUUGGGCUUCAUCUCCCGAAGAGUUUAUACGUAUAAAUCGAAUGGCACUUGAGUCCGAGUUUGUGUCUUGUCAAUUGCAUCAAUGGAUCGAUCUGAUAUUUGGUUACAAGCAAAAAGGUCCAGAAGCCGUGCGCGCUACCAACGUUUUCUAUUAUUUGACGUACGAAGGUAGCGUAGAGCUGGACACGAUCACUGAUCACAUGAUGAGGGAAGCUAUAGAGAAUCAAAUUAGGAACUUCGGACAGACGCCGUCGCAGCUUUUGAUGGAGCCACAUCCUCCAAGAAGUUCCGCGAUGCACUUGUCGCCAAUGAUGUUCUCGAGCAUUCCGGAUGACGUGUGCAUGACUAUUAAAUUCCCGUCUAACUCACCGAUCUGUCAUAUCUCGGCUAACACUUAUCCGCAAUUGCCACUGCCAUCGGUUGUGACGGUAACCACCGGACAGCAAUUCGCUGUCAAUCGGUGGAACACCAAUUACGCAGCCUCCGUGCAAUCUCCAAGUUAUGCAGAUACACCUCAGGCGCAGGCUGCCAAUCAACCAUUGUCCAUGGAUCCUGUUCUUUCUCAAGCGGCUAACAGCUCGAAUCCAACAUUACAACGUCGGCAUCUAGGUGAUAACUUCAGCCAGAAACUAAAGAUUCGCAGCAACUGCUUUGUCACUACCGUAGACAGUCGAUUCUUGGUAGCUUGCGGAUUUUGGGAUAAUAGCUUCCGCGUCUUUUCAACCGAGACAGCAAAAAUCGUUCAGAUAGUCUUUGGACACUAUGGAGUCGUCACCUGCUUAUCGCGCAGCGAGUGCAACAUCACUUCCGAUUGUUACAUCGCAUCCGGAAGCGCGGACUGCACCGUUCUUCUUUGGCAUUGGAAUGCUAGGACGCAGACUAUCGUCGGCGAGGGCGAAGCGCCAGCACCACGCGCCACCCUUACAGGUCACGAACAGCCUGUGACGGCCGUCGUCAUAUCCGCCGAAUUGGGUUUGGUUGUCUCGGGAUCACUUUACGGUCCAGUACUCGUCCACACUACUUUCGGCGAUCUCCUAAGAUCGCUCGAAGCACCAAAUGGAUUCUCGUCGCCUGAAAAUAUCGCUAUGUCACGCGAGGGCGUUAUUGUGGUGAAUUAUGAACGCGGGCACAUAGCGGCGUUCACCAUAAACGGAAAACGCCUUCGUCACGAGUCCCACAAUGACAAUUUACAAUGCCUAUUGUUGAGCAGAGAUGGUGAAUACUUGAUGACAGGAGGUGAUAAGGGUAUCGUAGAAGUUUGGCGGACUUUCAACCUUGCUCUACUUUACGCAUUUCCUGCAUGCGAAAGUAGCGUGCGUUCUCUCGCGCUCGCUCAUGAUCAAAAGUUUCUUCUAGCUGGUUUGGCAAAUGGGUCCAUCGUAAUAUUCCACAUUGACUUCAACAGAUGGCAUCACGAAUUCCAACAGCGUUACUGAAAUUACGAUUUUCUCUUCGCCUAAGCGAGCGAGGCACACCCCACGAAAUAAAACAAAUCCUUGCGCUUAAUUCUUCAAGUAGUACAACAACUUCGAAUCUACAGAUAUUUCACGGACAAAUGGCGCUUUCUUCGUUCGAUUCCCCGUUGAUCGUGGACCAUUCGGUUCGCGAGUGUACGGCAAAACUGUAUGUUAUUUGCGCGACAUUUGUACCGAGCAGCUUCUUGUCAGGCUAUCUUUAAAUUCGUCCCUAUUUACGGUACGCAAAGUAUUCCGUCAGUCGUUUCGGAUUAGACGCAAUGAGCGGCAAUGAAACGAACGUGAUAUACUGUGAGAAUCUUAGCGUUCAGCAAUAAACUCGCUUUCGUGGCAGCGUGCAGUGCUUCCCUAAAUAAAGAGGAGGUCAGAGCGAGAAGGGCGAAGCGAAUUGCAGUCAGAAUCCCGGACGUCCAUCUCGUGUAAUCACGCAGUGGAUUGCGUCGAACCAAGCGUCGAACCACAACCACGUCACAAGCUGGUAAAGCACGAAAACUACACGCGUGCCGCUCGAAACGCUAGUCAAUUAACGAAGACUCGGACCUAUCCAUGUCCGUGAAAAAUUUACGGAUCGAUUGCGCGAUUUUUUCUCACGCGAUCCAAAGAAAGGGAUAAACUGCAAUGGGGAGAAUAAUCGCCGAUGCGAAGAGGAGAGCCAACGUCGACGAGACGGCGGAGCUAAGACAUACGUUAUUUUUAUGCCUGAAACUGCACGUGGAUUUGGCCACGACACCUUAGCGUUAAUGUCCAAUGUAAAUACGGAUAUAUUCUUCACGUUAUAUAUAUAUAUUAUAUAUAAAAUAUAUAUACACGACAUACACACGCGCGCGCGCUUUAUUCCGUAUUAGAAGGGGCGAAGAGGAGAGGCGUGUAUUAUCGCGAGUGGUUUGCAUUGUAUUUUUCGCAGACGUAUUAAUGUCGCUCACGUCGAAACUUUUUGGCUAAAGCACCUUGUACGUUCAGUUCGGACUACACGCACGCGAACGCAUCGCGUAUCACCGAUACCGGCGCGUCGACAAAUGCUUCGCGGUAACACGUCGCUAAUCAUUUUCGGGACCGUGGCUAUCAGCCCCCCAUGAUCACCCUUCCACCUCCGCUACACUUUCUAUACGCUGAUGUUCGCGUCCUUCGGAAGAAAUCCUAAUUUUUAUCAAAGCCGUCCAGCUUAACUUUUGCGAGGAUAUUUCUUAGUAUUUUCGCACGCGACGUAUAUUAAUCAGCAAAACAAGUUAUUUAGGCUAAAGUGACAUCCCGAAUUCAUCCUUAACAUUCCGCGACUUGUCGAGGAUCGUUUCUGUGUGAAUGCGUCAUCGGUGAUCUCCACAGGAUGACUCGAAUGACGAUAGAGCGAGGUAUACGAGAGAUGAAAGAGAGGCCGAACGCGUAAAUGUGAACGAGAGAAUGAAAUAUUAACAAAACAAAAAAAAAAAGAACAAAAAAGCAGACAUACACCUUAACAGCUAACAACGAUGGGGAAGAAGAUGCUUGAUCAUGCAUAAGUGGUAGAUUUACUAGCUUGACUUUCGUUCGUACGUCAUCGUAGAACGUGUGAUAGCUGUCUCGUAGUAUUACUGCUAAGUAUUAUUGUCAUUCUGAGUCCCCGUUUUGCGAGAGGUGGUCGCGAAACACGGGACGCCGUAUAAAUAUAGCCUUCAGUUGUUCGUACGUAUUCUGGAUAUAAUGUAUUGUCGUCAUCUCGGUUAAUAUGUAUCUUGUGUAACGAAUAAUUACUUAUCUAGGGGUAAACCGUUUUGUUGUCACCGCUUAAUAGCCGUACGACGAUAACGAAUGUAUUUCCAAAGUUGUCUCACAAGUAGUAGUCAGAAAACUCUUUGUGUGCGAAAAAUGGAGAAGAGAUGCGAGAAGACGGAGAGGAGAGAACGCGGGAGAAGAUUAAAAAAAAAGCGAAAGAGAGAAAGAGGGAGAGAAAGAGAGCGUAAAUGUAAUCUACUCGGAGUGAUUGUUUUUACGGAUCGCAAUUAAUCGUAACGGUGAUUUAAGAAGACGCUGUACAUUUUGCCGUGCGACUUAUUAGAUUAAUUUAUAUUCGCUUCGCUUGCAAUAAACGAUUAACGUUUUCUCACAAGGCACCAUUAAUUAUCCGAUGAAAAUUAUCCGGAAGAAAAUCGUGAAAUAUGCGUGUGUAGCGCGCUCUAACUAUAAAGAGCAGCUUAUAUAGUUUUUAAAGCGUUCGCUUCUUUCAUCGAUUUGAUAACAUUUUUUUCCGAUGCUUGCAAAUAAAAUUUUACCGAUCAGCAUUGUUUAGCGCUUAUUAUACGACGGCAUGGAAAUAGCUUUCCGUACCUCGAUACGUGUUCUAGUCAACGAUUAUACCGUUGAAUCACCGUCGCGAGUCACCUGCGAUCCUCAGCAUUUAGGUAUCGAUAAACACUUAAAAGAUAUGCCGUACUCUUUACGUGUAGGUGUAUAAAUUAAAUGCAUAGUGCCGUCGUCUUUAGCGAUCAAUCACUUUGGGCUUGCGAGAUUACGGUAGCGUUGCGCUCGUAAUAUCGAUUCUUGCUGUGCACCGGGCGAUCGUGCGGCGAUCCGCUCGCAGCCGAUCGUCAGUAAUCGUACAAUUUUUAAGCGUAUAGGGGAAUGUUACGUGUGUAAUGUGUUAAUAAUGGUGUAUUACCACUCGUUAUGGGCGUGCUUCUGCAUUGAUCGUUCGUAGUGUUUUGUUCGCGCGGAAGGAUGGAAGCAUAAAUGAGCGAGAAGAAGCAACGAAGAGAGAAGGGAUGAGAAAAAGGGUUGAGGCUUGUUUCUGAAUGCUUUUAACGAUAUCGCUAGUUCCGUUGUGUGCGCAUGGAAACGAAUUUCUGUCACGCGUGUAAGCGUUCACGUAUAGGCGCGCAUUGUCGAUAUUUCAUUUUUGCUACACAGUGAGACAUUACGUCUAGAGAAAAAGUUAAACGCACGACAUUCCAUCUCUCGCAUUUCCUGCUUUUUACCAGUUAACAAUUGCGUUUAUUUAUCUAUAUACAUGGGUUGAACUAAGAAGGAAGACAAAAUUGGCAUACCGUUCAUGAACAUAGUCAAAUUGAAAAAAAAUUAAAUAAAUAAAUUGCGAGGUAACGGAGACGUUUUUAGAACGCGUGUUCGCGAGUGCGACGUACAUUCGGCUAGGCGGCACGUACUUUCGCAUUAUUCAAUGAGCGCGAAGACAGCGUAAUGGGUGAGAAUGUAUUGGAGAAUGACGAAAAGUCGCAUAAAAAAAAAAAGAGUUUUUAUAUUUGUUUAUAGAUGUGUGAGAAUGUGCUGCAUUCUUUAAGCAAGUUGUUAGUGAAUUCCCUCCAUAUUGCUAAUAUACAUAAAGGAAGUUAACUCAGAUCGAUUUCUGUCCGUACUUGAACAUUCAGUACAUAAAAAAAAAAAAUAUCGCUACUAUUUUAAAUAACGCUAAGUACAACGCUACAAGAGUUUGCCUAUAUUAUUAUUACAAUUUAUUGUCAUCAUUAUUAUUAAUAUUCUUAUUAUUAUACGAUUGUGGCUACAUUAACGUACUUAAUAUUAACGACUAUCUAUACAGGAGCAUAGAUUUGUAUAUUCGUCGGAUAAGGCCCUUAAUGUUUGCGUGUUAAGUAAUAAUUUUACUUACCCACAUUUUACGAGGAAGACGCGAGGUGACAGGAACUGUGUAAAGUUUUAUCCGGUUCGUUCACAUGCGCUGCGAGCUGCCCGUAGAAGUACUUACAUCUAGAUUAAUCGACGCGUCUCUACAUGUUUAUAAACGUAAUCACGGGCGAGAUAAAAGAAGAGAAAAAGAAAAAAAAGAAAGAAGAACGACGCUGCAACACACGCGACACGGAUAUAACACUCAAGCGCUUACUUAUUAGGCUCGUAUUACCUACACCUAAACCUGGUUCAAGCUAUUGAAAAGGUAUUUAAGAGUGACGCGGGAGAGAAGUCAUCGUGUUAAAGGCUCGCUAGCGAGGAAGCUCAACAGGAUCUAGAUCUCGGUUCUCACGAGAGAGUGUAACCAAUCGAAAGCGCUCGUCGACGCAAUUUUUUUACAUCACACACGUAAGUCAAUAAUACGCGUAGCCGCGAAGUUGGAGCAACCUCGAUCGCGCGGGACCAUCUCUCGGGCUCGUCGAAACAUCGUUUGCACCAGAGACAAUGUUUUAUAAGCACCGACUCAUUUUUUUUACCCUCCUCUUCCCCGCUCCCCUCCACCCCCUCCCCCUCCGGGCCGAAACGAGCGACGCGAUCCAAGUCCACGCGCGCGCGCAUCCCGUCCGCGGAUCGUGGUUGAGCUCCUCCAAUUUGCGGAUCACCGUUACCGCGCGAUUACAUCUCGUCACGAUCGAGCCUCCCACCGACACGGACGAUUUCUUACGGUGAACAUUUUUGUCAUUUCGGAUUGGAGACACGCACGGCGGGAGUACGACCGGUUCCGAUUGUGUUCGUGAAGAAAAUGUAAUUAGAGGCCUAAUUGUUUUGCUGGCGAUGUUACAGCGUGACGCCGUAACGGUCCGAUGCUCGAUCGGUGAAUGUAGGAUCGUCGAAAGAGUCUCGGACACUUGUCUCGUAUGAUUUCCGACGAAGCCAAACCGCAAUCAACCGGGCACCGACGAUUUUACCUCGUCGUCGUUGACGGGACACGCGGUGCAGAUUUAUUCCCGCCACUUUUAAGAAGUAUUACUGGGUAGAGAAGUACUUAAGUCGUUGCUACAUAACAGUAUAAGCUCUAUCGCUUAUUUUAUACUUAGAGGUAUUGUAAUGUUUCGAUUAGAGAUAACAUAAUGGGAAAGUUGUAUCUUAGUAUAAGGUAGACUAAUCUGUAAAGAUAAGUAGUCAAAUAAAUGAAAAGUACAUUUGAUGUUGCAGACGA